UCUGGACUCGUAGAGACCGACGGGAUGGACUUCCUUCGGCAGCACCUCCCUGGGCUGCAUCAGGCCUUGAGGGGGGCACUGGAUUCACUCAGCACCUUUGUGGCCUACCUCAUAGGAGAUGAGGUCCCUACGGUACAGAGGGAGGCACAGGCGGCCCGAGAACUAGAGGAGGUGGCGACAGGAAAACCAGAGGAACCUCUAGAGGAGGAAGCAGGGGAGAUUGUAGAGCGUCUUAGAGGUAGCCCAGGUGAGGGGAAUGGAGGACUGGAAGGGUCUGGAAGGACAGGAACAUGCCAGGAGGGAAGCUCAACCGAACAGACCUGGGGAUGGAGAGCAGGUACCUCCCAUGGGUCCCAAGCAGAGAGGCAGGAUACUGGCACCUGGGAGGUAGUCAAGGGCCAGGAGCCAAGUGACCCUUUGGAGUCUGAGGCAGGGCCUAAGACUCAACAAGACAGGAGCAGUGGAGCCCUGGAGAACAGCGAGGAAGCCAAUGAGCAGGAAGUGAGCAGAGGGGAGACACUGAGAACCUGGGAACAGCAGGAGGAGGAAGAUGGCUGGGUGACAGGGCGCGGGAUGGCCAGAGGGGUGGAGCCACAGCCAGGGAAGCCUGAGCUGAGUAUGGAGAAGGUGGCAGACAGUGGCAGGGAGACCGAACAGGGAGACGAGGAAGCAGCCACUGAAACUAAAGGGCUUGGAGAGAAAGAGACUGCGAGGGAAGAAGUGGGGAUGGAGGUGGUGUGGGGUGGAGAGAGCUCAAGGGUAUUAGAGAGUACACAGGGCCCAGGGACAGAAUCUGGAGACUGGAUAGCCCCAGGUAAAGAGGAGGCUGGCGAGGCUUCAGGCAGGGAGGACACUGACUUCUUAGAAGUCAAGGAAACAGACUAUGGACUCCACUUUGGAAAAAGCAUUCCAGAAGCUACUGAAAGAGUCUGGGUCCCCCAGAGAGAUAAGGAGGAGGAAGUAGAUGAGAGGGGAGAUAUGGAAAGAAGGCUUCUUUUCCUCACACAGACCCAGGUCUUAGGGCCUGAGGGAACAGAGAAAGCAGCAGAUGGACAGACAACUGAAAGAAAGACUGAAGGCCAGAAACAGGAGAAGGCAGGGGAUGGUGAAGGGGAGGAUGACCUGUGUGGUAAAGAGACUGUGAGGAGCCUGGAUUUAACAGUCAGCGUUGACAAGGCCAGUCAGGAAGAGGAGACCCAGAGGGUGGAGGGGCAUUAUCAGGCCCCAGCUGCUAGACUGGCCCUGGACGAUGAAGUUGAAGAUCAAACAGAUGUAGAGGCAAUCCCAGAGGCCAGGCCUGAGGAGGAGUUCAUAGAUGAGAGGAAUGAGAAGGCUCACAUCAGCCAAAAAGCUCUAGAGGUGAAGGUCACUGAAUACCAGGAGCCUGAGCCAUGGGGAGGCACCCAGAUUCCAGCUGGGCAAGCUGAGGAAGCGCAGAAUGGUGAAGAUGAGCUUGAGAGAGACCCAAUCCACAGUGAAGAGUGGGGAGAAAGGGGGCUGGAGGUACACCCCCAGCACCUGGAACCUGUCGAUCCUGAAAACGGGGGGAGGAAAGGCACAGAGAGCAGAAAUGGCCAGGAGGAUAAAGAUGCUGAAGGUGGGGAGGAGGAGGAGGCUGCAAGCCAAGCACUGGAGGCAGAGGCUGAGGGAAAGCCAUUGUCUGAACUGCCAGAGAUCCAGACACAUGGAACAGAAGAGGGCCAGGCCUCUGACAGAGAGAACCAGGCAGUAGCAGAAAGCCAAAGGGCGGAGGCAGAGACAGGCCAGUCACUGGCAGAGUCAGAGGCUAGAAAGGGCAAGGCUGGUGAAGUGGAGGUCACAAUGCCAGGGGAGGCAGACAGUGGAGGCUGCAGGCUAGAGGAAGCAGUUUUGAGUCUUCAAGGCAGCCAGGACCCAGGGACCAGUUCUUGGGAUGCUGAGAUUGUGGGGGAUGAGGCUGGGGAAGGACCAGAAGAGGAGGCUGGUGUUUCUUGGGAGGAGGCAUCUGAGAGAGGCUGGGAGUCUGAAGGGCAGGAGAAAGUCAUAGAGGGAGAGAACCAAGGUGGGCAGGAGGUUGGCGCAGUGGGCUCAGCAGAAGAGCCAACUGGCCCAAGUAGUCAAGUAGAGGCUAGUGAGGCCAAGGAGAAAGAACAGGCCGAGGAGGGACGAUCCACCAUGGAAGAAGGGAUUGGUGAGAUGGAUGACACUCGGUCAGGUUCCCAGGCAGCCAGAGCAGAGGGAACUGAAGCCAUGGCACAGGUUGAGGGGCUUCUGGAAGACACUAAAGAAGGGCAAGUGAAGGAGCCAAGAGAAGGCAGCGAGGGGCAGCCUGGGGACCACCACCCUGAGGGAGAAGCAGAAAAGCUGCUAGGGGUGGAGGAUCACGUGACUGGACACGAGACCCUCGAGGCCCAGGGGGCGGAGCCAGAAGCCCUGGAGGAUCACUUGACUGGAGACCAGACCCUGGAGGCCCAGGGGGCGGAGCCAGAAGCCCUGGAGGAUCAUGUGACUGGAGACCAGACCCUGGAGGCCCAGGAGCCCCAGGGGCAGCUGCCACCACCCCAGGUCUCUGCAGAGGCCGUGUCUGCACCCUCGGAGACCACAGAAGCCGUGGAAAGUACCAGAGACGAUCCUGGCAACAGCUGGAGUGAGGCUCUGCUCCCUGGGACCCGCUUGGAUGUCUCCGUCCCACGGAGCCGUGUGCUCCUCUCAAGAAGCUCAUCCCAGAAGCGCUCGAGGCCCUCUUUCCGUCGGCCCCUUGUCCCUGAGCAGCAGGAGGACACUCCCUGCGCCCAGCCCCAGCAGAAACCAUCAGCUCCUGAACACAGACCUCUUCAGCUAGAGGAAGCCCCGGAGCCAAGCCCCCCCAAACCUGAAGGGACCCCAGUGCCAGCCAGGAGAAGGCCCACAGGACAUGGAUUUGGCAUGGCUCAUCCUGGCAUGAUGCAAGAACUACAAGCCCGACUGGCGAGGCCGAAACCCCAGUGAGCCAGGCCCCCCAGAGAGACUCCGAAGGUUCUACUGGUCUCUGCUCACCCCUGACUUCCUCAGUCUCUUAAUGUGUCAUUCACCGAACCAACAAAACCCAAACAUCCAUGGAAGACCUUGACUAUAAGGAACCUGAUUUUUCUUUUUCUUUUUUUUGGCGGUCGUGGGGCCUGAAC